AUGACGCGAAGGUUUUCAACAUCGUUCGGCGAACCACUCAGUGAUGAAUCUCAACGAUACGUGAACGAAGUUCGCUCGAAAAUCACUCAACCGAUAAGUUCAACAUUCAAUACCGACUUCAACAUAUAUCGUUUCGUAAUGUCAGCUGAACGACUACAUAAGAAAGAAAAGGAUAUAGUUGAUGCGGCUGCAAAAGCUCUCAACAAUCAUCUUCGAAUACGUAAAGCUCUUGACCUUGAUAAUCAACCCGUGAGAGGUUACGAUGAGAAUCCGAUGUUUGCGAAGAAGUUGAUGCCAAGAGGAGAGAUUCUGAACGUGCACGAUGCCCACAAUCGUCUACUCUGGUAUAUUGAAUACGCCACAAUUACUGUAGAGAGCAUAGCACAUGCGAUACAAAGCUCUCAGGCAUGCAAAUAUCAAUUUUGGCAAUUUGAAAAUAUGCUACGCAAAGUCAUGGCACAGGAAGAGAAGACAGGUCGACUCAGUGCCAUACGACACAUCGUUGAUAUGAACGGCUACGAAAUCAACCCUUUCACCAUGGUCUUCGUCAGUAGCGGAACCCUGGCAUACUACUCGCAACUAUUCCACUAUGAAAAUUACCCAGAACUUGUGACUCCGGUCGACAUCGUCAACAUUGCAAGAUGGAUCCAUGUCCCUUACAAAAUCGCCAAAACAAUGAUGCCAGCAGGAUUUUCCGACAAAUUUCGCCUCCACGACAGUAACUUCCUAAAGGCUUUAACAGAAGAUAUCGACCUGAACAACAUACCAACCACCUUGGGUGGAAAUAAUGAGAGUAUUACUUGUGUUGGAGCGGAAAAGCUGCAACCAUGUGAUUAUUGGACACCAGAGAACCCUGAACUUUUACAUCAUCUAGAACACCUUCAUAUACCCGCAAAGAAGACUCGCUAUAUAACGUUGGAGAUCUCUGAGCCGAAAACGUUAUCGUGGUAUUUCCGAACGGACGGCGACAUCUACUUCGGAGUAUUUUUCGAGAGCAAGCAUGAAGCAAAAAAUGAACACUAUUUGGAUACUGAUUCUAUGGAUAUGAUUUAUCCAUGGCUGAAACUGAGCGCCAAACUAGUUCACGAAAAGGAUUCCGUAGACUGUCAGAAAAGCGGCAGGUAUCACAUCGUAUUCUGCAACAGACAUUCCUGGCUCUCCAGGCGAACAAUCGACCACUACAUACAUAUCACCGAUCAGGAAGGGAAUUCCGAACGAGUUCAUUCAGACGGCAAUUUGUCUACGGCUAUAUGCUGGUAA